AGUAAAACCUGCAAAUAUCUCUAUCAACACGAUAAAGGAGGUUUCCAAAUCAAAUAUGUCUGUGAGAACUCACUCGCAUCAGAAGUCAGGCAAUAAAUCAGUUAGCUUCCAUGCAAGCAGUAAGAAAGGAAGUGCAAUGAAGAAAUUAGCAAGGUCAUCUACAAAAAGAUAUAAGCAUAAAAUAAGAAAGAGUGAUCAGGAAGAAAUUAAGGAGAUAAAGAACGAUAAGAUGAAGUUCUUUUAUAAUCCAUACAGGAAGGACACCAAUGACACCAAAUAAGCACAUGGUGUUUGAUCCUGAGAAGAAACAGAAGAAAUCUCAGUGGAAGAAGUUGGGAACGAUGAUUCUUAAGAACAACAAUUCGAAGCUGAAAAAUACAAUUUCGGAACUGAACAAAUUUAAGGAGAAAAAGUCAAAAUUGACAUUGAAGAGCAAGGAUUUCUCAGGGAUUCAUACUCGAAGUAUCUCCAAACCAAUCUGGGCUAAGAAGUUUUCUCACAAGAAGAGCUAUAUGAAGAGACUACAUAGAGAUUCUUUGGCAAGGAAGAUUUUUAACAUAAAUUCUAAACUAAUUGGAAGGAAUAACUUUGCUCCCAGAAAGACAAUGAAUAUGGGCCGGAGAUGGAGCAAGAUAAGCACUGUAAAUCCCAUCAUGAUAGAAGGCCUCUUCUCUAGAGAUGAAGAGAGUUAUAAAUAAAAGCGACAAGUCUCUUAAAGAGCAAAAUUCAGAAUAUGAAGCCAAACGACUAAAAACUGGAAGUUCCUUCUCUAAUGUCUCUGGAGAGUUCAAAAUAAACAUCGGAGAAGCUUCUGUCCAUAAUGAGGCUAUAACUGACCAUAUCAAUACCAAGGAAGAAGAAAAGAACUUAGACAAUAUCGAGGACAGUGGCACUACCUCGCUUACAUCCUCCAAUACAGAUUCACUGACUGAGUCUAAAGUAUCUGUUAACGAAGAAUUCAAAACUAAUUAUGUGGAAAAGGAGUGGAGAGAGUCUGAAGAUAAUGCUAACCAAGAAGCUCAAGUCGAAAUGAUAGACACUAAGGAAGAUGAUGAGCAAUCAGUAGAUUUAAGGAAAAACGUAGAAAAAGGACAAAUUGGCCUUCAAGCUCAUCUUAACAUACUUAAGAAGAUGUUGAAAGAAGGGAAGAAGACGUUUAGAAAGCCUAUGAAACAACUUGGAUCAACCCACUCUUUGAGCAGGUCUUUCAAUCGCUCUUACUCAAACAUGAAGUACAAAGUAAAGAGUGUAUAUGCGGAUUAUUUCAAAGGGAGGAAGUUUUCUACCAGAAAUAACAAAGGCAAUAACAGUGCCAAUAGAGUCAAGAGAAUAAAGAAGAAAGGCACUAAGAAGAAACUAAAUAAGAGAAGUGAAACAGUUGUAAAUAUCAUGAAACAAGAAUCAGGGAAAUUUACAAAGCAGGACUCAGUACACUCAUUUGAUUAUUUCAAGAGGCAAUUCACUGUAGAUAAUUCGAGAAUUUUCAAUCCGAUCCUCAAGUCUAAGGAUAUCGGAAACUCAAUAGAGGGGUUUUCCAAAUCAGGUAUUUCUCUCAGAUUCGAAGCUGGAACCUUAUCUUCCAAAGAGCGUGAAGGAUCGAGUGGAAAUAUUCACAAAUCAAUAAAUGUUGAAUGUCUUGACAUUAACAAAAGAAAUGUUCCCAAACGAGAGAGAACUUCCAGCUUUAUGAACAAACUCCCUUUGAUGGUUAGCAGCACUCUAAACUUUGAGAAUGAUAUUGAAAAAUCCAACUCCAAGAGAGAUAACUUACUAGGAGUUUCUGAAAAAUAGAAGAGAGACAGUGGCUGCUAAUUACAAUAUCAAAGAAGAGCAGGGAAGGCCAAGUCUGAUGAUCCCUAAGGGAACCAGCUUAUUAUUAGUAAAACCAAGGCUUUCAUUCUCUUCUCGUAAAAGAGGCAGUUUCAGAGUAGGGUCGUUUAAUGCAGGCAAUAAUGAUCUACAAAUAACAGGAAUAGCUCAGGCUGGGAGAAGAAGUUGUAUAAGGAAACACAGCCAAAAGAGAAGAAGAAAGCCAGUAUUAUCAGUUUCCAUACGGAUAACUCCCCAUUGACGAGUAUUGAAGAUGAAGAGCAAGAUAUGGACGAGAUUAAUGAAGAAGAUGAAAAAGAGGGUGCAAAAGAGGAAGAAGAGAAGCACCCUUAAAACCUAUGAAUCAAAGAAGUCGAUCAUAGAACCAACGGCUGCCAAAUCUCAUAUAAAUGUGACAAAACAUUCAAAAGAGUCUAGAGCUGUUGUAAAGACUCCAAAAGAGCCAAUUCAUGGAUCAACAGGUUUAAAAUUGACUAAAGUUCUUAAAGCUCCAAAAUCUCCAACAAAGAUACAUAUAAACCCACUGGAUGAGGGUGGCAUUCAGAUCUUUAAGAAAGGUGCUGACUCAGAGAAAACCAAAGGAUCUCAGAUAUAUAACUUCAAGCAAGCAAAACCCACUCUAAAACAGCAAUCUUCAAAAGCAGGAGAUAUUAUAAGAGACAAAAUGAUGUCCAGCAAUAGUAAAGAUAUUCAAAAACCAAGUAAUAAAACCUUGGUUCUUUCCCCUUGGAAGUCUAAAAGAAUCGAUAAAUUAGUGGCUGUCAAAAGAGCUUUGAAGAAGAUACUAUGUCAGAAGAAAACAGCAAGUUUGGCUAAUCACCAAGAUAUUCAGCCGUACCAGGAUAUUCUCUGUAGCAAGGAGAGAACCCAAGAAAUCAAGAAACCUUUGAAUUUUAAAUAAGGAAACUCUGUUUCAAAAAGUUGAUAAGUACAUUAAAUAGCGACGAAAUUGCAUAUCAUCGAAGGAAAAAAGUGCCCUAGAAAGAAACUGAAACGCUUUGGUAGGAGACAGAUCAAAUCUCCACAUCAGAGAAGAGUCGAACCACAACUUUUCGAUGUAAGAAUCCGGAAACAACUGCAAGAGAAUGGCUCAAGGAAUAGAAACUUUUGGGAUGAGUUUAAAUCUCCACAAAAUAUUAGGUCACUGGAUAAUACGAAUUUGGGACCAAAUAAGUUCUUAAGCCAAAAGAAAAUGAAUAGUUUCAAACUGAUGAAUACUUUAAACGAUGGUUUUCCAGUAGGGACUCAAGGAUCUUUUUCACCAAAGGUUUUUCUUUCUCAUCAUUUUUAUGCAUGAUCCCCAAAAAUUAAAGGGAGAGCAACUUCUCCUGUUUCAAAAAGAUUGAAUAUGCAUGUGUCAAAGAAAUUUCCAUUUACCUCUGACAAAGCAUUCUCAACAGUUAUGAAAACACCUCCUCUAACCACCAAAAAUAUUCCCAAGUACCAUAUCCGAAAUCGAAUUCUAAAUGUUCAAAAACCAUCCAAAGCACCUAAAAAGUCCAACCAAAUCUAUUUUCCACAAAAAUUCAAACCCAUAUCCAUUCCUCUUCCAGAUAAACCUGAAAGGCGUUUAAAAUUAUCCAAAGCCCCUAAAAUAACCUUCUU